AUGUCACACAGCAACGACCCCAACCAUGUCGGCUUCAUCGGUCUCGGGAGCAUGGGAUUCGGGAUGGCCUCACGACUCAUCCAUUGUGGCUUCCAAGUAAUAGGAUAUGACAUUCAAGAGAAGACCAGGAUCAAAUUCAGCGAAGCGGGAGGAAGCACCGCAGACAGCCCGAGAGCGGUCGUGGAGCUCAGCCAAUGUCAAGUUCUUGUCGUCAUGGUUGCUACAGCAGAGCAAGCUUUCGACGUCUUGUUUGAUAAGGACAGUGGAGCAGCUGUAAGACUGCCUCGAGAUGCCAUCGUCCUGCUUUGCAUCACAGCAGCGCCCGACGAUGCAACUCGGAUCAGUCACUCCAUGUCGAAAGACCUCGAUCGCGGCGACGUUAUGGUUCUAGAUUGCCCAGUCUCAGGCGGUGCCAACCGAGCAGCAGACGGAUCACUUUCCAUCCUCUAUUCUGGCGGCGACGAGAUCCCAGAUCAUGCAAUCCGAGUCGUCGAGGCUUUGAGUGCACAUCGCUUUCACGUCCCUGGUCCUGCCGGCAGUGCGUUCGCCCUCAAAAUGAUCCAUCAAAUUCUCGUCGGAGUCCACAUUGUAGCAGCGGUCGAGACGACUGGCUUGGCGAUGUUGGCAGGGAUGGAUCUGGAGUCGCUAGAGAGGGAAGUCAUGGCGAGCAGCGCUGCAUCUUGGCUCUACGGUGAGCGCGUGCCACACCUGAGAGACAUGGAUCGGCCGCCGUACUCAUCUCUCGCCAUCAUACUGAAAGAUUUGCAUCUUGUCAUCUCGGCUGCUAGGAAGGCUCGCUGUCCGCUGCCUCUCUCUACGGUCACUCAGCAGACAUUUCUCGCAGCGAAAGGAUCUGGGCUUGGAACGCACGAUGACUGUGCUCCCGUUCAGUUGUAUCUCGGCAACAGAAAGCCACCGGUUGCGUCGGAUACGACUUCCACCAUAUCAGCAAAGACAAUCCAAGAUCUGCUUAUUGGCACUCAUCUCGCUGCAGCCUUGGAAGCGUUCUCCUUGGUUGACGCUUUGGGGCUUGACCGCAACAUCUUCUACAAAUUCGUGCUCACGGCAGCGGGAGCGAGCAAGGUUUUUGCUGCUUUCGGAGCAAUUGAUACUAACGAUUUUCCCCCGAACAAAUUCGAAGUCGCUCAGCAAAUAAUCAGCAAUUUGAUCCGUGCGUUGGAUGCCGUGGAAAAUUUGCAGUGCCCUACUCCUCUCUGUAGCCAGGCAUUGAACAGUUUGCUGGCGACGUUACCAGGGCAUCGGCAGGCCUCACCAGAAUGA